AUGUGAUAGGUGUCAUCUUGACACUAAGAGAAUAUACCAAUUUGGCAUACAAUUUUGUACUAAGAUUCUUACGCAAUAUUUCUCAAAAAUUAUCGUACGACAAACAUGUUUCCGAUAAUCUCAUUUUAUUUCUCUUAAUUUUAGGUUUUCCAAUGUUCCUAUUUCAAAAUGGAAGAGCCGUUUGGGAAUCGGAGGAAGUUCAUUGCAAAAGCUUCCCUGAUGGCCUUAGCUUUACUCUUGUUAACGAGUCUGCAGUUACUCCCGGUUAUGCUCAUGCCUCAACUCUGUAAAUUGUUUCAUGAUAAUGUGCUGCUAAUAUUCAUCCCCAUAAUUAUAUAUGUUAUGAUUAUGGUCCUCGUGUCAUUUUUUCCCGAAAUUCAACAUACAAAACCUUACAAUAUAAUUAUAUUGGUGUUUGUUGUAGGAUCUUUGAGUGUAGUCCUGCAAAUACUGACGGCGUAUUAUGGAGAGUUUUUCUUUCUAAUAGCAGUGGCCGUUGCAAUAUUCAUAUAUGGAUCCAUAUCCUCAAUCUCAAGCUGUUUUGAGGCAAAUUGGAGAUGCCUGAAAGUCUCUUUAACUAUUUUAACUUUCGCAACAGGCAUCUACUUGGGGGUUGCAGUUGCUAUAUCAUACUUCGUCUCUCUCAAAAUAAUCGUGGUAUCCACCGCUGCUGUAUGCCUCCUAACAUUUUCAGCUUAUUUCUUCUAUCAAUGCCAAAACAUAAUAUACAGAUCAUAUAAUGAGAUAACAAGCAAUGAAUAUAUAUUCGCCACAACCAUUUUAUAUGCAGAUCUUAUGGCAUUUACGUUUCUCUUCAUGAACGUAUUAAGUUUGGCAAAAAUACCUAGGCCUCCGGGGCACAAUUCCAUAGCUGGAUACUGGAUCUAAUCAAGCGAUAAGGUCACAUUGAAACUGAAACACCACCUCGUCCUGGUGCUAAAUAAAACCUCCUAAUAUGCAUGCCGUCAUCGAAGAAAAAAAUGUAACCGCAAUUCACUGUUCAAUAAUAACUUCACAUUGUUGAUGGAGGAUUUUAGGGUCACAAGCGUGUAUCGAAGACUACCAAGAAAGCAGGCACUUCAAAUAAGGGCUAAUGGUGACCAGCGCCUCGCUCGCUUCACUGUUUGUAUAAACUUGACAAAACUGAACUGUAUUAUUAAAUUUAA